AUGGCACAGCACAUCACAACAGGCCGAGUAAUCAUCGUACUCUGCAACCUAGCAUACUCAAUUGGUGCCUUCGCAGCCGACUUCAACGAAACGCACGUCUUGAAUCCGAGAUGGCCACCACGUGCCAAAUUUCACAACGGUCAGACCAUGACACUGGGCGUAUUACUCGCAUCAAGCUCCCUGUACUACCUCUUCAGGCCGGCCGAGACCAACGAACAGAGAAUCGAUAAUGUGUUCACUUCAACCCUGAUUGGAUCGUUCUACUGCUUCGCGGGCAUGUGCGCCAUUCUAUAUCCUGAAACUGCCUGGCAAGAUCCAGACUUCAUACAAGGUGGCGAGCAGCGCUACGCGCUCUCUGGCGUCUGCGUGGCCCUGGCCAUAGCUUAUCUGCUCGAAAGAAACAGGCUAACCAAGGCAAAGAAAGCUUGA